AAAGGCACUCGACAAAAAACAAAAACCUCUAGAAAGGAUGAAUUUGUAUUGGCUGGUAUUGACGGUCCUACUGCAAACUUGUUUAGCAAAGAGACUCAUUUGUUAUUAUGGCUCUUGGAAUGCGCACAGAGAUGGUUCCGAUGAGUUUUCCAUUGAGAAUAUGCCAGUGAAACUAUGCACCCACGUGAUUUACUCCUUUCUUGGACUGGGCUAUGAUGGUUCAGUUGAAAUACUGGACUCCUCUGUGGAUGAAGAACUAGAUGGAUUCAAUAAAACCUUGGCCCUUAAGAAAAUAAACAAAAAUUUGAAGGUGAUGAUUGCAAUUGGAGGUGGCUCUUUCGAUCCAAGUAUAUUUGCUGACCUCCUAUCGGAUCCAGAAUUAAUUAAUACAACAAUAAAUUCAAUCGUGGAAUUCUUAACUGUGUACCCAUUCGAUGGCGUAGAUCUAGACUGGGAGUUUCCAGGCGAGGAUGAUAGGGCUAACUUUGUUACUUUUGUGACUGCUCUGAAAAAACGUUUUUCAAAGAUGAAACCUAAACGUCUUUUGACUGCGGCUGUGACUGCAGACCCAGAGGUUGCAGUAUUGGGAUAUGAUAUGAAAAAAUUGAUCAAAUCAUUAGAUUGGGUACAUGUGAUGUCCUAUGAUUUUCACUCUUUUGAAGACGGUGAAACCGGAUUUAAUGCACAACUUUACAACAAAACAGUCGGUUCUUCAGUGGAUUCAACGGUAAAAUACUGGAAGAAAAAUGGCGUGCCAGUCGCGAAAAUGGUCGUUGGAAUCCCUCUCUACGCAAAAUCUUACACGCUCACGGAUUCAUCAGCCCAUGGAUUGGGAGAUUCCGUCGAUGGUGCAGGCAGCGCUGGAACGAUCUCUGAGAGUGAAGGAACGCUAAAUUUUCUUGAGUAUUGCUCGUAUUUUGACGCGACGAGUGGCUGGGUAACAGUGGACAACAGCUCGCUCCAGGCAUCUUACGCUUACAAAGACGACCAGUGGAUUUCAUUCGACAGCUAUAACAACUAUAUCGCCAAAGCAAAAUAUGCGAAGAAGCUGGGUGGUGCGAUGGUUUGGGAGAUCGGCGGUGACGACUACAACGGUCUUUACUGCAAAAAGGGCAAAUAUCCUGUCCUGACAUUGUUGUUUAAGAACCUGUAAAUGAAUUUUGAGUGCGCGAAGCUCAUGACU